UACGCGUGGUCAGGAAACUCGCAGUACGCCUGCGCACAUGUUGACUCCGCCCCCUCCUUUUCUAGUUCCUCAGCCGCGCGAAGUGUUCUGUUAUGGCGGCUCUUUUGGAAUCUCUCCUAUCACGGAAAGUAGAUAUUAAUACGGUCGUGGACUGGUUGAAAAAUGUUGAGGAUGGUAACAAGCAGUCCUUCAGUGAAGCCGGGCUGACAGUCCACAAACAUGAAUUUGUUCCUUUUCUCUUGAAUUUUAUGAGAGAGCAGAGCAGCCAAGCACUCACCCAUGGCCCUACCACACCAGCUAAGACCCCCAGCCGGCCCAGACCUGCACAGAUUCAAGGCUUUUCUGACAAGAGGGCUUGCAGGUCUGCUGGUGAUGGAGUUGGUUCUCGGAGUGCCAGUCGAGUACAGCUUUUUUCUCCAGCUACAUCAUUGUCACCUGGACGUGAGUGGAAUGCUGCAGGACAGUCCGGUUCCCACGGUCUGAGUGGGAUCAGUGCCCUCAGCAGCCCCUCCUUUUCUACAACAUGGAGCCCUGCAUCCAGGCAGUCAGGCUCUGAGCGCCGGCACAGCCAGAGGAUCAGUCUUGGUGACUACAUGGUUUCUCCUCCUGACUCACAGCACAGUCCCGUCGUCCAGGUGCAUAAGGGGCGCAAGAAAAGCGGAGGCAGUUCAGCAGUGGGAGGACAAGGGAGACAUGGAGGAGGGCGUGGAGGACAUCACAGUGAUGAAAUUGGGCGCUGGGACACUGGAGGGAGGAGGUCGGUAAAAGGAGGAGGCUAUGGCAAAAUUAGUGAACAGAUUUCACCGCCAUCUGUAAGUCACAUCAACUUAAAUAACUUGGAAGACUUCCCUCCUGUUGGGUCAUCACCACUUUCCUCUGCGACAUCCAAACCAUCUAGAAGAAUAAACCCAACACCAGUCAGUGCAGAGCGACCACACUCCAAACCAAAAAACUGCUUCACAUCAACCCCAUUCAGGAAACCUUCUAGCCCUCCAAUGGGCGUACAAGCACUUGAGGGAUCGAUGAUUGUGGGCAGUCCUCUGAGCCUGCAGGAAGAAAGGGAAUUGCUCAAAAGAGAGAAGACAAAGCGUGCUCAGCAGGUUGCCUCUCCUCUGCCGUCCCCUUUGGACCCAUGCACCCCAACCAAGUCAGGGGUUACAACUGGAUCUAAAGUUACACCGGACCCACAGACAGCUUGUCCCGAACUAUCCAAAGUCACAUUCUCCUUAGAGCUGGAUCUGUUGGCAAAACUUUAUUGUACCUGUAUUUCUGAAAAUCUUGUGCCAAAUGUUUUCCUGGAGCUCUUCUUUGUGAUGCAGCUGCUGACAUCUUGGUCUCCUCAUGCUCAUGAUGAAGAGCAGGAAAGUUUGUGCGUAGUAAAUUCAGAUGUUCUAGAAAGAUGUUACCUGAGACAAGUGCACAAUUGUGUCUACUUUGCAGUGAAGGUUCUGGAGAAUCACUGUCAGUUGCUUGCUCAUUUGGACAAGUGCACCUUGCGUCUGCUGGCAGAGAAUGAACGGGUGGCUUCUUUCUCUCCAGAUCUCAGGGAUCGCCUGAUUCACGCACAAGAUAGAAGCACAGCAAAGCUUUCUCCCUCAGUGUCCACUUUCAUCCACUCAGUCCCAUUCCAGCCUGCCACUGACAACCGAUCCAACUUCAGCAGUGACAAGGCCUUCCACACCUUUAAAAAACAAAGAGAUAUAUUUUACGAAGUGUUGCGAGAAUGGGAGGACCUUCACAAAGAUCCUGGGUGGAAUUUUGAUGCUGCACUUGGAGGUAGAGUCAGAGGAAUGAUGAAUCAGCUCACCUCCGCAGGAAAUCAUUCCCAUUUUGCCCGUCUGUUCUUGAAGCAGCUUGUUCAGAUGUGUAAAGGCCUCCGCGUGAACAGCUCUCCUGGAGAUACUCCUGAUGCUGACCUGCUGGGCAUGCUGGGAGCCGAUAGCCUGGGCCGUCUGAAGCGCCUUGAAGAACGUCUCAUUCAACCUCUUGGAGUUGUUGGCCCCUGCCCUCCUCCAUCCUUUCUUGGUCACCAAGAAUUCUUUAGGGACUUCAUACAGGCAGCUAGCUGCUGCCAGUUGAACCAGCACCUCCAGGACAGCUUGUGUCAGCAGCUACUCCAGCUAGAUGAGGUUUCCAUACUGAGCCCUCCAGCUUCCAUUGGAGAGGCAGAGCAGGAAGAAGAUGGAGACAUGGAGCAGCAGGAUGAGAAGCAGAGGUUCUCAUCAGUGCUGCUCCUAGCUCGUCUUCUGGCUAAAUUCCUGGGAUUUAUUUCCUUUCUGCCAUACCAAACAUCUGAGAGACCGUCCAGAGAAAUACAAGGGACAUCUGUAACCCUGCGCAGUAAGAGCGUGCCCGUGCUGGAUGUUUGUGCUGUGUUGAGUAAUAGUAUAAGGAGGAGGCGCACCAUCCUGACUGUGCCCUGGCUUGUGGAGUUUCUCUCCAUGUUGGACUUUAUCGGUCCUUUGCUGCUCUGCUACAAGACAGUAUUGGGUACACUGCUUCUCCUAUACAGGAGAAUGCUGCUGAACCGAUGCGAGGAAAAGUGUUAUUUGAACAAACUUCUGCUGGUGUCUGUCUUAGGAUGGCUCUUCCAGAUUCCUGUGAUUCCUGAAGACAUUUUCUUCUCUAAUGAGUUUACUGCGGUGGCAGUACUGGAGGACAAUGAAUUAAAUGUUGCAGGACUUGACUGCAUUCCUCUGGUGGAUCAGCAAAUUCUCUAUACAUGUUGUCCAUUUCUAGGGGAGUUUCGUAAGCUCCUAGUUGCCUUUGUGUCUGGCAACACAGCCAAGAGUGGAGGAAUUAUCCGCAAGAUUACUCCCACAUCUGCUGAGCUCAAGGACACGCCAACUGCUAACAGAUCACAGCAGAAACUACAGGUGGAUCUGGAGCAAGCCUUCUUUCACAAUCAGCCUCCAUCGCUGCGCCGCACAGUGGAGUUUGUGGCUGAGAGGGUUGGAUCUAAUGCUGUCAAGCAUAUGAAAGCUACACUAGUGAGUGAGUUGGUGGAGAGAGGUGAGAAGAUGCUGAGAGAUGGACUAGGGUCGCCAAACUCAAAUCUCUCAAAACUGAAUGACUCCAUCUGUGCUCAGCUGUGUGAUGCCGGCUUGGACGCUUUGGCAAGAGCCACCAGAUUUUGUGAUUUGAAGGGCCCUGAAGCCAUACGAAUAUUGCUCCCUGAAGAGACCUCCUCCAUGGUCUUGACCACAUCUGAAAACAUCACUAAACGACUUGCAGCAGAAAAGGCCUGCAGCUGGCUCUCUGCAAACAUUACAGCGCUUGUAAGACGAGAGUGGAAGAGCAGAUACGAUCGUGUGAUGAAGGCUCUCGGCAGCCCAGGAGCUCCAGAAUUUGGCGAGGUGGACAGAGCUGCUGUUGAGCUGGUCACUCAGGAACAGACGACUACUCCCAAGAAAGGAAUUGAGAGAGCUAUGUCCUGCCCUUCGCAGUGUGACCACAGUGCAUCACUGCCCUCAGACGUCCUCAUUGAGAUCAAGGAGUUGCUGAGCAUUGCUGUUGGACCCAGAACUGAUGAGGAGCUGCCGACUGGCUCUCAGCUGAAAACACUGCUGCACAGAGUUGGAGGCACACUGGCCUGCAGAAAGUUCUUGACAGUGGUGUCAGAGCAGAUGCUUUUAAACUCCACUGUGCUACUGGCCUCCAAACUGGUGUCUGGAGAGCUGCCAGUGAUGUCUGUGUCAGGGUGCAUCGGACAUAGUGAGGUUGUUGUGGAUCCUGGUUCAGGGUCAGAGCCUCCUGUUCCAGGUCUGCUGGAGCAGCUUGUUGAGCUGUGGGAAACACAAUACUGUUCCCCCACCCCACUGCAUCAGCUCUUCACCCCUCUCACCAUCACUGCUGUGCUGAAGGCCAACAACACAGCAAAGAUGAACUACCUGUUUCUGGUUCGAAAGCUGGUUGAUAAAGGAAUACUGAGUGAGGAAACCGUCAUUUCUCAUUGGAAGAAACUAACAGACCUGGCCUUGCCAGCGGAGCUGAUAGAGGCUUUUAAGCUGCAGUCACAGAGUAUGAAGCUGCCCCUGCCUCUGUCGGACAUGCAGAAGUGCAUGGACAUGCUGCAGAUCUCACACCAGACAGUAGAGGGAGCAACAUGACAGCAAUACCACUCGAUUUCAUCAUCAACUUAUGUGUGAUCACCACAGUGUCUUAUGUCACAUCUGUUUCUGUUUUCUUCGAGAGGUAGACAGUUCUUGGUGACUACUUAUUGACUGUUUUUUAUAUAUAUUUUUGUUGAUCUGUUAACAAUAGCAGAUAAUAAUAAGAACAGACAAAAAUAAACUUAAUUUGGGUUCACCAGAAAAGUACAAAGUUGAUGCCACCUUAGACUGUUACUGCAGAACAUUUAAUUUUUCUGCUGCUUUGUAAAGUAACUGUAGAAAAAGUUUUCUCAUUUUAGUUUAGCACUUUCACCCAUAACUUUUGACUGCAUGAUUUCAUAGGUGCCUGAUUGCAUUUGUGAUUGAUUUUUGUUCAUGUUGAACGUGCACAUAUUCCCUCCUGCUUUUAAAUUGCAAUAUUUUUAUGCUAUUAUGAAAUUACAUUUCUAAAUAAUAAAGAUGUAUCCAUGGUUA